UUUUCUUGGCCAGUCCCGCCGAUUCUGCAGCCGGCCGCGGACGGAAAGAUUGGUUGGGGGCCUGAAUCUCACUUCUAUAAAGCCUUAGCGGAAGUGAUUGCUGGAGAUCUUCGGUGGGGGAGAUGGAGGUGGCGCCGGGAGUUGUGAAGCACGUGCUGCUGGGAAAGUUCAAGGACGACGUGUCGCCGGAGAAGAUCGAGGAACUCAUUAGGGAUUGGGCUAACCUUGUCAACGUGAUCGAACCGAUGAAGGAUUUCGAGUGGGGGACAGAUGUGAGUAUAGAAAACAAGAAUGAGGGCUUUACCCAUGUUUUUGUCUCUACUUUUGAAAGCACAGAAGGUAUUGCUGAGUACCUUUACCAUCCAGCUCAUGUGGAGUAUGGGAAGAAAUCUUUGCAAUAUGUAGAGAAGUUCAUUGUCUUUGACUAUAAGCCAACCAUUGUUAAGCUGUGAUUUGGGUUAUAGAAUAUGGUUAAGCAUAUGGCUCUUAUUAUAAACUCGGUGAAAUGCUCUCCUGAUUGAGAAUAAUGCUGUUCAGCAACAUUUGUGUUAUUUUCUGCUUUCAUAAUCUACUAUUUAUAUUUCCUAUAAUGCCACCGUUUUGUUUUUUC